AUGAAUACCCAAAUCGCCCUUAGUAAAGUAAAGUUCCAUGGUAACGAAUGUGUUUUAGUAAGAAUGUGUUCGUCAUGAGAGUGUAUACUUUUAAAAGCCGAUGGAGAACCAUUCAUUGUACUUCGUUAGACAAGGCUAUCUGUUUUUGUUAUCGCGUCAGAUGAUUUACUUUUUUUAUGUACGAGUCAUCUUUACAGACUAACAAUAGAUACAUAUGCUUUCGUGUUUCAAGUUCAAGGCUUCCCUGUCUUUACAAAAUUGUUCGAUAAAUUAGCUGGUGAUUGACACUAAAUAAAUAACAUCCGUUCCCAGCGCUACUAGUAACUUGGUCAGUGCAAUAAUGGCUGUGCCUCUCUAAAAGAUAUCAGUGGCCAUCUAAAACUAAACAGUUUUGUGUCUUUAAAUGUAAGAGCCGAUGUUAAAAUCUUUUUCCAAAUGAAAGAGGUGGUAAUUAACCAGAAACUAAUAUUUUAACAAUUCUAUUUUGCCUUGUUUCAGUUUGUCCUAUUAACCACCACAUUACUUGCAUUAUGGUAUUUGCCACCAACAAGUGAGUGAAAAUGUUUUGUUACCUACAUAAUUUGGUACUUUGUGGGCUAAAGAAUCCUAAACUCGAAUCUUGUUAUUAAUCAAGUUGUAAUUCUGAUUAAAAGAAGUUUGCAGUUUUGAUUGAAAAAUAACUUUAAAGACUGAUCACUCUUCUACUACUCCUACGAAAAUCUAGUCACUUAACUCUGGUGAUAAUUGCACUGAGGUCUGUUGCAGGAAAGCUCUCACCUGAACAAUCAGUAUCACAUCUUCAUUUCGAUUGUAAACUGCUUAUUAGAUGCAAUUUCUUCAAUUUUGUGAUCAAUUUGAGCACAUAAGUUUUUCAGAUCAUAUGCAUCUGAAAGACUUCUCAAAUAUUAUUCCACCUCUUUAUUUUUUCCAGUAGCUUUGCCUGUCAAAUGGCGUGACUAUUUCAGCCAUGAAACAAGGGAUUACUGGGAACUCCCUCGUCGAGAGAAUGCACAUUUACGAAAGGAGUCAGACCUCGUUGAGAAAUGUUGGAAAGGUAGCGGAAGUGACGUCAGUGAAGGAAGUGAAAAAUACAUUAGUUGGGGUGGUGAAAGUGAUGAGUCAGGCAGUGGCGCCGGAAGUUUAGAGGAGGAAAGUUCAGGUAGUGAUGGGGAAAGUAAAGGAAGUGGAGAGGGAGGCAGCGGAGAAAAUGAAGAGGAAGGAAGUAGUGGAGAAAGUGGAAUGAAAGAAAUCAGCGGAGGAAGUGGAGAGGAAGGAAGCAGCGAAGAAAGUGAAAUGGAAGGAAGCAGCAGAGAAAGUGGAGAGGAAGGAAGCAGCGGAGUAAGCGAAAUGGAAGGAAGCAGUGGAGAAAGUGGAAUGGAAAGAGGCAAUGAAGAAAGUGGAGAAGGAGGCAGUGGAGAACGUGAAAUGGACAGAAGCAGCGGAGCAAGCGGGAAGGAGGGAAGCAGCGAAGAAAGUGAAAUAGAGGGAAGCAGCAGAGAAAGUGGAGAGGAAGGAGGCAGUGCAGAGAGCAGAAUGGAAGGAAGUACUGGAGAAAGUGGAGAAGAAGGAAGCAGUGGAGAAAGUGGAAAGGAAGGAGGUAGUGAAGAAAGUGGAGAGGAAGUAGGCAGUGGAAAGAGCAGAAAAGAAGGAAGCAGUGGAGAAAGCGGAGAAGAAGGAAGCAGUGGAGAAAGUGGAAUGGAAGGAGGUAGUGAAGAAAGUGGAGAGGAAGUAGGCAGUGCAGAGAGCAGAAAAGAAGGAGGCAGUGAAGAAAGUGGAGAGGACGGAAGCAGUGGAGAAAGUGGAAUGGAAGGAAGCAGCGAAGAGAGUGGAAUGGAAGAAAGCGGUGGAGAAAGUGGAGUAGAAGAAAGCAGCAGAGAAAGUGGAAAGAAUGGAAGCAGCGGAGAGAGUGGACUAGAAGGAAGCAUUGAAGAAAGUGGAGAGGAGGAAAGCAGUGGAGAAAGUGGAAUGGAAGGAAGCAAUCGAAAAAAUAGAAUGGAUGGAAGCAGCGGAGAAAGUGGAAUGGAAGAAAGCAGCGGAGAAGGUGGAGAGGAAGGGAGUAGCCAAGAAUAUGGAAGCACAGACGAAAGUGGAGGCGAAGGAAGUGGCGAAGAGUAUGAAGAGGAGGGAAGCGGUGAAGAAAGUGGAGAUGAAGGAAGCGUCGUGGAGAGCGGGAAGGAGGGCAACAGUGGAGAAAGUGGAGAGGAAGGAGGCAAUGAAGAACACGAAGAGGAGAAAGGCAGCGGGGAAAGUGAAAAGGAAGGAGGUGGUGAAGAAAAUGGAAACGAGGAAGGCGGCAUGGAGAGUAGCGAGAAAAGUGGUGAGGAGGAAGGCACUGGAAUGGAAAAUAUCAUCGCUGUUAACAAUGGCCGCGUUCUUUUGGCCGGUGGCAUUCCACGUAACCCUACUACCGAGCCCAUUUCACCGACACCUGAGAUUACAGAUGCCGUUCAGGACCUUCUAGAGAUGACCUUAAAGAGAUAGAGAAUGCAGCUGAGCUUCCAUUGCCUUAAUUGGGUUGGAGUGUCAGCGCUGAUUAUACGACUAGUUAUAAUUUUGUAUAGUUAAAUAUGAUUAGAGAUAAAACUAGAAACGAACAUAACUUCCCAUGCUUCACUUCUUCUGCGGGACAAAAAUCGCAGUGCUUGAGUGAGAUACAGGGUCGCUUCCAAUUUAGUUAGAAAAUUCGGUGACCAUUUUCUUUCAAGAGGAUCAGUAAAAACCUUUUUUUUUUCCUUACACAAAAGAACGGGACAACUAUGCUCCAUUUGUAUAACAGAAUUUUCUCCCAGCAAAAGAAAAAAAAACACACUUUGGUUGGAGAGGCAGUCGGCUCUAGUUCUAUUCGCUCAUUUUAGCCGAGAUUUCAUGCCUUUUUAGACUGCAAGCGAUGGAAAAAGGAAAUUACCUGCAAGGAGGUCUUCAAUUCUUGCCCGGCCUUGAGCAACUCGACCCGGCGAGUUCUGCCAGGGCUUAGCACUGAUUACUUCAGUGCCAAAACCCGGCAAACCCUCCCCCUCUGAAAUCUUCCCGCGGGCGGAGAAGCGAGCGUUCUGUAGUGUUCAUAAAGAAGAUCUGCUCGCAAGCUAAUGAAGUAUGAAAUAAUUGAAAUGUAUGCAAAGCUGUAAAAUCGAGUCAAGCACCAAUCAAGUCAGAGUUAGUUUAAUUGUAUUUAUAAACUCCUUAAGCUGGGUUCGUCAACUUACAACAAGAAAAAAGCAUGGUAGAGCUUGAGAAAUAAAUG